AUGGCUUCCAUGAGAAAAUACGCUUACAAAGGCUGCGGCGAAGUCAACAAAACGAGUCACUGGUACUCCUCCGCCAUCCGAGUCGGGGACCAGAUCCACUGCGCCGGUCAAGGAAGCUUCUACAACGCAGACUUCAACAUUUCCAAGCUUGUAUCUGAGCAAAUCGACCAAGCCUUCGUGACCAUGGAUACCGCUCUCAAGCACACGGGUGCUAAGGGUUGGUCCCAGGCGUACAGAGUCAACUCUUACCACAUCCAAUUGGACCAGGAGGCACAGGACGCCAUGGUUCGGAGCUUCAAGAAGUGGAUGCCUGAUAACCAUCCCGUGUGGACUUGUGUGCAGAUCGGUCGUCUUGGUCAUGAUGCUACGAGAGUUGAGAUUGAGGUUUCGGCGUUUGGUCAUGAGGGUGCGAAGGAGGCUGGGACGAGUCGGGCUUGA